AUGGUGACAGACGGGCUUGCCCUGUCUUCUAGGUUGCUACGGCAUCCGCCCGGAGCUGGUCAACGAGGGCUGGACGUGUUCCCGGUGCACGGCCCACGCCUGGACUGCGGAGUGCUGCCUAUGCAACCUCCGGGGAGGCGCCCUGCAGAUGACGACCGACCGGAGGUGGGUCCACGUGAUCUGCGCCAUCGCCGUCCCGGAAGUGCGGUUCCUGAACGUGAUGGAGCGCCACCCGGUGGACAUCAGCGGCAUUCCCGAGCAGCGGUGGAAGCUGAAAUGUGUGUACUGCCGGAAACGGAUGAAGAAGGUGUCAGGCGCCUGCAUCCAGUGCUCCUGCGAGCACUGCUCCACCUCCUUCCACGUGACCUGCGCCCACGCCGCUGGUGUCCUCAUGGAGCCGGACGACUGGCCCUACGUCGUCUCCAUCACCUGCUUCAAGCACAAGUCGGGGGGCCACCGUGUCCAGGUCAUGAGGGCCGUGUCCUUAGGCCAGGUGGUCAUCACCAAGAACCGCAACGGGCUUUACUACCGGUGCCGCGUCAUCGGCACCACCACGCAGACCUUCUACGAAGUGAACUUUGAUGACGGGUCCUACAGCGACAACCUGUAUCCGGAGAGCAUCACUAGUAGAGACUGUGCCCGCUUGGGCCCGCCACCCGAGGGCGAGUUUGUGGAGCUCCGGUGGACUGACGGCAACCUCUACAGGGCCAAAUUCAUUUCCUCUGUGACCAGCCACAUCUAUCAGGUGGAGUUCGAGGAUGGGUCCCAGCUGACGGUGAAGCGUGGUGACAUCUUCACCCUGGACGAGGAGCUCCCCAAGAGGGUCCGGUCCCGGCUGUCGGUCAGCACAGGGGCCCCGCAGGAGAGCGUCUUCUCCGGAGAGGAGGUGAAGGCCGCCAAGCGCCCUCGGGUGGGCACCCCUCGCGCCGCAGAGGACUCAGGGCGGAACCCGGACUACCCGGUCUUCAUGGAGAGCCUGCUGCAGGCGCAGUGCUGGCCCGGAGCGCCCUACUAGGACCGCCGGCCGCCCGUGAGCCCUUGGCCCAGCAAGGCAGGCGCGGCGGGCCCUGGCGUUUGCUUGCUGUGAAUCCCUGUCCUCGCCUCCCAGCCCGAGAGGCUACCUCGGUGACAGGAGCGAGCAGGACGCCGCACGCGCCCCCGGACUCAGGGAGCAGGGCCACGCGGGCUCUGGGGGCCGGCGGGGGUGCGCGCGCCACCCCCUUGACCCAGAUUCGUAAACCACGUGAGCUCUUCUUCUCGUAAAAGGUGCUACUGCAUUGCCUGCCUCCUGAGCAGCCGUGGAGAUUGUGACUUCUGUACAUACAUCACCUUUGUGAGGUUCUUUCUAUAAAUACCUAUUGUUUAAAAAAAAAUGCAAGAAAAAAAAAGGAAAAGGAAAAAAUCAUACCCCAAAGUUGUUUUCUAGAUUUGUGGCUUUAAAAACAAAACGAAAUGAAACAAAAUGUCCUUUUUUCUCAGAACCCGGUGAGCUGCCCAAGAUAAAAGCAGCUCAGCUUUUUGUUUGUCGUGUUUUCUGGUCCCGAGCGAGCGGUGGGGAUGCGCUGUAGCAGCGGUGAGGCCGGGGGGUACGGGGAGGCGCGAGCAGGACGCCUGGGCACGCUUGACGGCGGCGCCAGGUCACUCACUGUCUCCCAGCCGUGAGAUCGAGCAGGUCUGGGCCACUGGCACUGCGCGGCCAGCACGCAGCGGGACGAGGCUGGCAGCUCCUCUGGUGGCCUCCCCUCGCCCCCUGCGUGGCCUUUUGCAAAAUAAAUCCGCUCUCUUCUGGUGGCUCCA